CCUGAGCCCCUGUGGUUCUGGUUCUGACUCACCUGAGCCCCUGUGGAGCCCCUGUGGUUCUGGUUCUGACUCACCUGAGCCUCUGGACUUCUCCCACACUUCGAUCCUCACUUUGUCCUGCAGCUCCCUGCGCAGAAGAGAUGCGCAGAGGCUCCCUGUGAGACCCGCUCCCACGAUCAGAACCCGGGCCAUGACGUCAGCUCGGAACCGGGACUAGCUCUACAGGAUAAACCGGGUCGAACCGGAUCGUUUUUAUAAAGUAACCCGAGUUAAACCGGCUGACAUUAAGUUAAACCCGCCUCCUGUGUUACAGAACUGCUAGACACCGGAACACACAGGGGGACAACCGGCGAGACUUUCACAAUAAAAGUCUUUCACAUAAAUCAGGAAGAAAAUCACGGAUUAUAAUGAAACUCAUUAUUAGAAAACAUUCAGUCUUUUCUUGUCGGUCUGUUUCACUAAUAAACAAAUAACCUGGUUUCUGAUUAGACAUCUAAUUCCCGUCUCUGUGAGGAUCGGUUUUUAUUCUGAAAGGCAGAAACUUUAAACUUCUUUAUUAUAGUUUAUUUAUUAUUUACCUAUGUUAUUUACAGAUACAUUCCCUUCAGGUUUCUGUUUCCGGUCUCUGUUUGAUUUGAUCUGUUUUUAAACUUUAGCAGAAACUUUAGUCUGAAAACAAACACCGAGGAUCUUUCAUUUGACCAAUCACAGAGAGGUACUCCCUCUGACGUCACAGCCCGUCUCUUCCGCCGUUAGAACCAGAAUCAGCUGAUCGAGGAGCUUCAGAACAUCAGAGAGCUGCCGACAGUCAGAUGAUGCUGGGUGUGUGUGUGUGUAUGUUGGCGCUCUCUGGUCUCGUGCACAGCGGACCGUCUCCUCACAGACUUCAUGACGUGCAGCGGCGCGCAGAUGACCCACGGCCUGGGCUGGACCCUGAAGUGCACAUGAACAUAUCUGAGAUCAUCAGGUACUGGGGUUACCCUGCAGAGGAGCACGAGGUCCAGACGGAGGACGGGUACAUCCUGACCGUCAACAGAAUCCCAGCGGGCCACAAACGCACCGCAGGCGGGGGCCCGGCGGUGUUCCUGCAGCACGGCCUGCUGGCGGCGGGCAGUAAUUGGAUAACGAACCUCCCGAACUCCAGCCUGGGGUUCGUCCUCGCCGACGCCGGGUACGACGUGUGGAUCGGGAACAGCCGAGGAAACACCUGGUCCAGAAAGCACCUGACGCUGAGCCCCGAGAGCGACGCCUUCUGGAACUUCAGUUAUGAUGAGAUGGCGCUGAAGGACCUCCCUGCCGCGGUGAACCACAUCCAGAAGGUGACGGGUCAGGAGCAGAUUUACUACAUCGGACACUCUCAGGGAACCACCAUCGCAUUCAUAGCGUUCUCCACGCUGCCCGAGCUGGCCAAUAAGAUCAAGAUGUUCAUCGGUUUAGCUCCAGUAGCGACCGUCUCCUUCGCCUCCAGCCCGAUGACCAAACUCUCCGUCAUGCCCGACUUCUUCAUCUGGGAUCUGUUUGGUAGGCAGGACUUCCUGCCUCAGAGUCACAUGAUCGAGUGGUUUGCAGAACACAUUUGUGCGGAGCAGCCUCUCAGCAAGCUGUGCGGAAACAUUUUCUUCAUCCUCUGCGGCUUCGACGAGAAGAACCUCAACGUGUCUCGGACGCCGGUCUACACUGAACACUGUCCUGCCGGGACCUCGGUCAUGAACAUGGUCCACUGGGCCCAGGCGGUUCACGGCGGGAAACUGAUGGCCUUCGACUUUGGAGCCAGAGGGAACAUGAAACACUACAACCAGUCCACUCCCCCUCAGUACAAGGUCCAGGACAUGAAGGUUCCCACCGCGCUGUUUUCAGGGGGACACGAUACGCUGGCGGACCCCAAAGACGUGGCCGUCCUCCUCACUCAGGUAUCUAACCUGGUGUUCCAUAAGCACAUCGAGCACUGGGACCAUCUGGACUUCAUUUGGGGUCUGGACGCUCCGGAGCAGAUGUUCCCGUCCAUCCUGAAGCUGCUGCAGCAGGACCGCCACUAGAGAGCACCACACCGAGUGUGUGAGGGCCUGUUCACGUCUGCAGCACAGCGUGGGGACCACUGGACUUUACACCAGCAGCAGGACCUCUAAAGGUUUCAAUGAGGAAAGUGUGUGUGUGUGUCUGUGUGUGUGUGUGUGUGAGCAUGUGUGUGUAUGUGUGUGUGAGCAUGUGUGUGUGAGCAUGUGUGUGUGAGUAUGUGUGUGUGAGCAUGUGUGUG